AUGGAUUUGAUGUUGACAGGAAUCAAGCAAGAAUAUGUUGUUGGGUUGAUGUGCACACAAAAAUGGAGUCGAUUCGCAUUUCGAGGAUCGCGAAGUUUGGAGUUGAGAUGUUUCGAUGGAGUCGUCUCCAAUGGUCCUGGAGUGUUUGAUGGACACACGAUCGUACACAGUCCAAGGAGAAGGGGCCGGCCAGUCGUCAUUUUCAUCCACAAUAAUCAAUUGAGAACCAUCUAUCGGGCGAAUGAUGGCGAUGUUGCAAUAGUGCAGCAGGAAAAGUUAAUAGAUAUGAAGGAGUAG